AUGGCGUCGAUCCGAAGAAAUUGCAGGUCUGGGUACGAGUUAAUACAAAUUUAUGGCUCGAAAAGCAUCUUGAAAACAACAAAGGAUAUGAUCAUGCCAAAUUUAGCAGACUUACCACUGAUAUAG